UUAAUAACUUAUUAGAAUUAGUUCUAUCUAACAAUAAUUUCUCUUCUUUCCAUAAUAUCGCAGAAAUCAUUCUAAAAUAUUAAUAAUUUAUAGUAUUUACCCGUCUAUACUCAGCUCAACCUAUCAGGUCCCAAUACAAUGUGCCCAAUCGCAAAAAAAUAUCAUCAUGAUUUAGCCAAUUAAGUUGAGAAUAAUUACGAGCAGACGCACACUGGAUAUUUGCUGGAAUCUUGAAUAGAAGUGAGCGAAAAACAAUGGUGGUGGUUGAAUUAGAACAAGGCAAGUUAAAAGGUGUUAUUUGUGAAAUAAAAAGUGGAAAAUACUGCGCGUUUAAGGGAAUUCCAUACGCGAAACCACCUAUCGGCGAUUUGAGAUUCAAGGCACCCGAACCUCCGGAGCCUUGGCAAGGAAUACGAGAUGCAUCAGAACACGGCCCGGUAUGCCCUCAAUACAACGAACGUCUCAACCGAUUUGAAACAGGCAGUGAAGAUUGUUUAUUUCUUAACGUUUACUCCAAAGCUAUAAAGCCUGCGCAUCCAUUACCUGUCAUGGUUUGGAUACAUGGUGGAGGAUUUUACACAGGCUCGGGAGACUCGGAUUUUUAUGGACCAGAUUUCUUUAUGGCACACGACGUUGUUCUUGUAACUUUUAAUUACAGAUUGGAAGUGCUCGGAUUCCUUUGCCUUGACAGCGAAGAAGUGCCUGGUAAUGCGGGCUUGAAAGAUCAAGUUGCAGUUUUGAAAUGGGUCAAGAAAAACAUUAGUUCCUUCGGAGGCAAUCCAAGUAAUGUAACUAUAUUUGGAACAAGUGCCGGCGGUGCAUCAGUAUCCUACCAUAUGAUAUCAGACAUGAGUGUAGGUCUUUUCGACAAAGCAAUCUGUCAAAGCGGUGUUUGUCUUAAUGAUUGGAGCUAUAAUUUAUAUGGUCGACAGCGUGCCUUUCAAUUAGGAGAAAUCUUGGGGAAAAAAACAGACAAUGUGACUGAGUUAUUAGAAUUUUUAAUGACAGUUCCAACUGAAUCUUUAGUCAACAUAAAAUUGCCAAAAUUGAACACCGUUCCAGCCGAUACUUCCGAUGCAUUGACAUUUGCACCGGUAAUAGAGAAUCCAUACCUGCAUGUUGAGAAAUUUAUUAGCGAUAUACCAGUAAAUUUAGUAAGAGAUGGUCGCUUGGCAAAAGUACCUCUUAUGUUAGGAUACAUGUCGGGUGAUGGUAUUGAAGUUGCGCGACACCUUCCAGAAACAUUAUCUUUAAAGCAAGGCUCAUUUAUUCCAAGAGAGUUAAAAAUGAGCAUGUCCUCUGAAAAACUAUUGGAUGUAGAUGAAAAAGUACGACAACAAUAUUUCGGUGGUAACAUUAUAAGUAGAAAUAUGAUAACAGAAGUUGUUCGUUUGGCUACUGAUGUAACAUUUGCCUAUAACACUAGAAGAUUAGCACGGUAUCACGUGAAAAAUACGUCAAUGCCGGUUUAUUUUUUCCAGUUUUCAGCAGAGUCUGAACGAAACUUUACAAAAAAACAGUAUAAUAUGACACACGCGGCCGGUGUAUGCCAUUCUGAUGAUCUACCUUAUUUAUUUAACAUUACUAAUCUGCAUGUACCACUUACCGAUGACUCCCAGCAGAUUGUAGAACAAAUUGUUACAUUAUGGGUCAAUUUUUCAUCGUUUGGGGACCCCACUGCGACAUUCAAAAACAUAAAAUGGAAGCCGUUCAAAGAGACUGAGAAAUAUUGUUUUGAUAUUGACAAAGAGCUCAAAUGCGUUCUAAAUUUGAAUGAAGACAAUAUGACGCUUUGGGACGAGAUCUAUAAGGAAAUUACUAUUUGAUACAAUUUUCUAUUGCUAGUGGCGUGGAGACUUCCGAAGGGUGCUAUUAUUACGUACGAAACUAGCUGACCAGUAAUGAUUUCGAAUUUAAGCGUUAGAUAUUUAUAAGAUAACGUAAUAUAAUAAAGAACUAAAUGAAUACAAAUUUUUCUUAAGGUAUCUCUUAGUGUAGGUACUACCUACCAAGUAUGAUGAUUGUUAAAAUACUUACACAUUUUUAUAUUAAUUAAAACUAUAGCCUGUAUCAAUCCUACAGAUAUAUUCUUAACGAGAAACUGGCGUAUGGGUCAUCUGUCGGUUACUGCUCAAAGCCGUCUAUAGGUACCUACUCACUCGCAAACACACUUCACAUGAGAGUUUUCGACCUUUUGUGCGCUUUUUCUAUAUAGACUGUAAGAUCUGGAAACAGGCGGAUGUUUGUCAACAGUUUGGUCUUAAGUGGAAUAAAGUUUUUUGAUGGUGGGGAUAAUAUUUUAGUUCACGACAUGUGGAGAGAGUGGACGUCAAGACGAAAUGGAGCGGUGCCACUACGCAACACCAGGAAAUCGCAGAGUAGGUACAGGAUCCUCGAUAAUUCGAGGAUGCCAGAAUAGAUUAGAGCAACACUCAAUAUUAUGUGGACAGAGGAUCAUUUAUUGCCUAUAGACUUGCAUCCUGUGCCACUAAAUAAAUUUAAAAAAAAUGUGAUCUGAAUCUAAUACUGGUGUUGGAUUUUUCUAAUAAAUUAAUAUUAAAAUCACCACAUGUUAUGAUAUACAUCUUAGA